UCACUAGGAGUAAUGCUGGGAGAGAGGGGUGCCGAGACUGCCGACUCAAGGGACCAGCGCUUUAUUCUGCCAAAACUUUAAAAUCUUUUCGUUUUCGUGGGAUACUCUUAUUUUAGCACCAAACUACGCCUGGAAGUUGCACAUGACAUCGUGGGUUCGAUAGUAGACCAAACCGAAGUUAUUUCGAGAAUAUUUUGACAGACAAACAUGUAUAGAUAGCCUAUCAAGCUAACGAACACAGUUAACGUUAACUCGAAAACAGUUCUUAACUGUCAAUUUACAACCAGUUGUGAAGAAAAUCCGAUGUCCUGAAUACUUGUAGAACUGUUUCUAGUGGUUUUCCAGGCGAACACUUUCAGGGAUUUUUAAGAAGUGUUUGUUAAGUUUUAUUAUUUCCGUUCGUUGAUUUAUAGCGUUUCUGCAUACUUUACAAAUUCGUAAGUAACGCUGUAGUGUCAAUCAUGUCAGCAUCAUCUGCGAGCUCAAGUCAUUACCAGCAGCAACAGCGGGGUAACGUCAAACGGAGCAACGACGGGUCCCCCACCUCCUCCUCAUCGACCCCCGGUGGCAGCUACAAUAACAACAACAGCAGCAACAGCAUCCCCAGCCGGCUGCAACCCAUCCGCGCCACGGUGCCCUUCCAGUUAUUGCGUGGAAAUCAGCAGAGCCCAACCCGCUCCCCUUCCUCCUUUUCAGUCGGGAGUCUCACAGGACCGACGUCUCCCAGCUGCUCCAGUCCAACCAGUCCAACGCUGCUGCUCGCCAACCCGGCUGGUAACGGCUCGGUUGACGGCCGGCUGUUCGCCCGACAGAGACCUUCUCCGCCGGACAACUGGGGCUCGCCAGAGCUGUGUCCAAACUCGCCGGUCUUCAGAGUCGAGCGGUCCAAGCCUCAGCAGCCGGUACGCAGUGCGGGGCCGAUCAGACGGACGUCCUCUCUGGGUGCCAUCACUGGCCCCUACCUCAGCGGCCACUGGCCCCGAGACCCACUCAUCUGCUACCCUUCGUGCAUGAAAGACAAGUCUACGCAGACUCCUGGAUGUUGGAGUGAAGAAGAAACCGAGAACAGGAGCACACACCAGCGCUCCGCAUCGUGGGGCAGUUCUGACCAGCUCAAAGAGAUCGCUAAGCUCCGGCAGCAGCUGCAGCGCAGUAAGCAGGCGGCUCGUAAGGAGGGGAAGGAGCGCCUGUCUCCGCUGUCCAUCCCUCAACAACACUCGGCCCCGUCGCCAGGCAACACACCCAGUGGACAGCCCAGCACCGCCAACAUGGCCAGCCAAGCAACGUCUCCCAUGUCCUCCAAGUCUCAGAUGUCGCUGUCGAGCAUCACAGUCCCCAAGCCGACCAUCUCCAGGGUGCCCAGCAGCAUGGAGGGCAUCAACCACGAGCUGGAGAAGGUUUUCAUCAGAGAGGGAGGGGAGAAGGAGGAGCUAAAGGCUCUGGAGGUGCCUGAUGGGCGGCGUGCUCCGUUCCCUCCUCAGCAGCGCAGCAGCAGCAGCAGGAGUGUGGACACUCAGACCCCGUGUGCCCCUGGUCGUUCCAGCAGCUGCUCGUCUCUGUCCCCCUGCCCCUCCCCCGCAUGCCCCCCGGGGGCCAGCUCACACGGGGGCAGCCCCUACUCCACAGACGAGCUGCUGGACGACCGGGACAAAGUGGACAGUGGCAGCAGCUCUCCACUGCCCAAGUUCGCGUCGUCCCCCAAACCCAACAACAGCUACAUGUUCAAGAGAGAGCCGCCCGAGGGCUGCGAGAAGAUCAAGGUGUUCGAGGAGAGCUCCAGGUCGGCCGGUGCGGUGCCGCUGUUCUCGUGUCCAGACAAGAACAAGGUCAACUUCAUCCCCACAGGCUCCGCCUUCUGCCCCGUGCGCCUCCCAUCGGAGCGGCGCGAGCGCGAGGAGGAGGAGGAGGCGGGGCCGAGCUCGGUCGUCAUGGUACCCGGCCACGCCCCCACUCAGGUCUCCGCCAGCACCAACACAGAGGACGCGCCGCCGGACCACGCACCGGACCACGCACCGGACGACCCCGACGCCUCCCCCUCCUCGUCGCCACAGCAACAGCACAGCCUGGCCAUCAGCUAGACUGCCCCACGCUCAGAGCUGGCCUCUGGCGUCCCCCCGCCUCACACACACACACACACACACACACACACACACACACACAGAGCGCUACUCUGUCACACCAACACCCUGUCUGUCCAACUGACCGUCCGUCUUUCUGCAUGGCAUUGCAACAACGUCCUGAACAAAUCAUCAUCUUCAUCAACGAUGGGACGAACAGACAAUCCCAGACACGCACACGCACACACACACACACACACUCCCUCUAAGACUCUUAUCACACCUUUGCGUUGCAAGCGUAAUUUAUAAGCACUAUUGUUUGCAGGGAUGAGCUAAGAGAGUGUGUGUGUUUAUGUAUGCAGUAAAAGCAAAAUGUGUGAGUGUGAUAGCAGUAAUACGACACUUUUGCGUAAGACAAGGAUGCUGGGUUAGUGUGGUUGGGAGACUGAAGAUAUGCAACACACACAUUUGUUUUGUUUAUUUGUUUUUGUUUACUGACACCUCACAGGAGCUCUCUCUGCUGGCCCUGCUGCACACAUACACACACACACACACACACCCUCCAGGCUUACAUCAACACCAAAGCCAGCUUGUGAUGACAUCAUCGUUUAAUUUGAAUUUGACCAAUCACAGUCGCCCAAUUCAACAGACACUGCAGUCACAAGUGAAGUGUGUGUGUGUGUGUGUGAGAGAGAAGGAGAGUGUGUCCUUACAUUAGAUCUCUGGUGUGUGUGUGUGUGUGUGAGUGUGAGUGUGAGUGUGAGUGUGAGUGUGAGUGUGAGUGUGAGUGUGAGACAAGGCGAGUGUGUCCUUAAAUUAUAGCUCUGGUGUGAGCUUGUGCAAAGUGGAGUGUGUGUGUGUGUGUGUGUAUGUGCAUGCUGGGUUUCUCUGUAGAGUGGAUGAGCUGGCCUGCUUGAGUGCGGGCAUGCUUCAGACUAUGGUAGUGUGUUUAAGGUGCGUGCGUGCGUGCGUGCGUGUGUGGUAUGGUAGUGUGUUUAAGAUGCGUGUGUGUGUGUGGUAUGGUAGUGUGUUUAAGAUGCAACGUGUCAUGCUCCGUGUCUGCAUCCACAGUAUGAAUAAGCUCCUGAUAAAUAAUCUAAUAAAUGAAUAAGCUCUGUAAAUAUGAAUAUACUUUUAAAGAUAUAGAAACCUAUACACACACAUAAAAGACGCAAGCUUGUUUGAACUGAACCUGUGUAUUGCUGUGCUGGAUGUGUGGAAGGGGAAAAGGCUGUACUUUUUUAAGAUUAUGUUUACAAUCUAUCCAGGUUGCGUUUCUAAAGACUUCUUUAAAGAAAACAUUUAUUGUAAAAAAAAUAUAUGAUUAAAAAAAGUUAGGGUCAUAAACACAUAUAUACAAAUCUACAUUUCUAUCAAAUUGGCCGUGAUGCGUUGCACAGCCAAACCCUGGCCACUUGUAUCACCAGUGUAAGAUCCAACCACACACACACACACACACACACACACAGCCAUCAGUACACCACUCGGGAGUGUAAACUCAGGUAAUUUGAAAUGUAUUCGUCCUCCAACAGAUGGCCCAAAUAUCUGCAGCUUCUUUGCUCUGCCUGGUAUGCUACUCCAUGUUUACUCCAUGUUGAUUUGCUCUGCCUGGUAUGCUACUAUGCUACUUGCUCUGCCUGGUAUGCUACUCCAUGUUGAUUUGCUCUGCCUGGUAUGCUACUCCAUGUUGAUUUGACCUUAUUGUUGUAUUUAUUUCAUGUUUUUUUCUAAUUUCCAGACUUUGUUCAGGCAUUUCUCGUGGGUGUGAUGGUAUGCAUGUGUGUGUCAUAGUUAAAAUAUUGAAGUGUUACUACUUCAUACCAAUGUCACACUGUUGAUUGACACUCAUAAUCUUCAAAACUCCUCCCAUUCCAUACUGACUCCUCCCCCCAAUCAUUACAGCCAAGGCAGCCAGUACAUACACACAGACACACACACACACACACACAUACAUACAUACAUACAUACACACACACACACAUACACACAUACACACACACAGACACACAAUCACCACCACCACAGAGCAGCUCUGCCACGUAUAGUCCAGUCAUAUGAGCAACACACUGAGCCCGAGACCAAAGUAAGAACACACACACACACUCUCUAAGGCCCAUACCCUACCACACACACACACACACACAGAGAGACAAAGGCUAGAGGAACUGCGCAGUCCUAAUUCUUUUGUUUAAAACUCCUGCACCUUAUUGAAACGAAGAAACAAACAAAACAGUUAAGGAAAUGGGUGAGCGUUGCUUUAGGAAAAGAUGAAUGAAUGGGUGAGCGUUGCUUUAGGUAAAGAUGAAUGAAUGGGUGAGCGUUGCUUUAGGUAAAGAUGAAUGAAUGGGUGAGCGUUGCUUUAGGUAAAGAUGAAUGAAUGGGUGAGCGUUGCUUUAGGUAAAGAUGAAUGAAUGGGUGAGCGUUGCUUUAGGAAAAGAUGAAUGAGUGGGUGAGCGUUGCUUUAGGAAGAGAUGAUGCAAUAAUACACACACAGGCGUAGUCACGUGGUGUAGCGUUUACUUCAUGUGUACAUCUGAGUGGUCACAUGGCAUGUCCACCUCCCGUGUGAAAUGUGAUGUUUGUGGUUAAAACGUGUCCAUCCCAUGUGUGUCUAUGGGUUUGUGUUGAACUCCAGAGGCUGACCAUUCCACUGACCGGCGCUGUGCCGGAACACAGCCAGCCCUGGGCCGGGGCCGGGCCACGUGUGGGCCAGACCUGGCUGGGGGCUCGCUGGAGUUUGGAUCUUUACGCCAUGAACCCAAAACCAGCACGGCUCCAGUCCAGACCUCAUGCAGCCAUGUCCUGAUCACACUCCAUUACGCAUGCACACACACACAUAUACACACACACAGACACAAAAAGGCAAUAAAUACAGCGGUUUGACCACUGAGUGUUUGCCAGUGUGUGUGUGUGUGUGUGAGAGCGAGAGAGGGUGUGUGUGUGUGAGAGAGAGAGAGAGUGAGUGAGUGUGUGUGUGUGUGUGUGUGUGGAUAUCACUGACUGUUCCGAUAUAUUCCAUAGAAGUCUACGCACGUAAACACAAACCCCAGUAGAGUGGGCUAAACCUCAUUUAACACCCUCUACAGGAAAUGAUAUCACCAUCCUGACCUGGCUCCUGUAGAGAGUUCCGACCUCCUCGUCUGGCCUCUAGUGAUGUCAGCUCCCAGGUCUGCUCUCUCAGCCCCUGAACACACACACACACACACUCUCUGAGCCUUGAGGGUGAUCUGUGUGGAUAAAUAUACUCACACAAACACUAGGAGCCGUGAUGGCAACACACGCUCAGCCAUGGGGGCAAUCUGUUUCUGAACACACGCAGAGCUGAGAGAGUGAUGUUUGUUUCUGAGCACACACACGCAGAGCUGUCAGAGUGAUGUUUGUUUCUGAACACACACACACACACACGUGCAGAGCUGAGAGUGAUGUGUGUGCCCCCCCAGCACAGUGGAGUGCUGAGUCUCUGUGAGCUCUGCUGUGUGUACAUGCUGUGGGUCUCUGGUCGGGGCUGGCCACUGUGUUUGCUAAAGACAUUCGAUAACGCACUUGAUAACACACUCUUUCUCUCUUUCUGUCUGUCUCUUUCUCUCGGUCUGCAUCUGUCCUGGAUGAAGGCUGAGGGGCGGCCACUUGUUUGGUAUUUUUCAAACAUAGAGAUCUCUUGUGUCUUAUUUAAAUAAAGUUAUUAGCAGUAUCAAA